AUGCCGGAACCAUCUCUUCACCGCCUUCGGCUUCUCGACAUCAAGCACUUCCACUUUCACGCGCUCGCUAGUCUUCAAGGCCAGGAUGCAAAUCCGGAGAAGAUCCUCGAGUAUGAGCUUCGGCGAGAAAACUACGAGAAAAGGCUGCAGGUCAUGGAGCGCUUGUGCGAGCACCUCGCACCACUUAUGCGGCGUGAAGCCGCCAAGCUCCUCUCUUUACCUCUUGUGCUGCGAAACAUGAUAUACGAGCAUCUUUACGUGGAGGACCGCCCUAUCGAAGUCUCAAGCCUGUUCACGUCCACACCAUGCUGUCGCCAAGGACCUCGGCACGGUUUUCUGCCAGUGGAUUCCGUUGGCCUGAUGAGCAGCUAUCAUGUUGGCCAGGGGAUGGCGGAAGAGGCAGCAAGAGUUUUCUACAACUUAAACGCCUUUCACAUCGAAUAUCUGGAGGACCUGCCUGAGUUCCUGAGUACUGAUCAGUACGGAAUCGGGAUGCUGCUCAGGGACCACGUGAGGAAACUGCUCUUGGUGCAUAUCCCCUGGCAUGACUCCUCAAGCGAUUUCCGAUUUGUAACGCCGCGGACCUCCUCAACUAGACUCUCUGAUAGAGAGUUCGAGGACAAAUACGAAGACUGGCUACUCUGCACCCGGAAGCUGUGGGAUGCGAAGAAAAUCCCGGAUUCAGUAUGGCGCCUCGAUUCGAGAUACCUACUUGAGCCGCUCCUUCGCAUGCCGCAGCUUCGGGUACUAGAGAUGGACGCUGUCAAGACACGGGCCGAAUGGGAUCCAAGAGAGAUACCCUUUGAGCUGCGGAAUAAGACAAAGAUCAAGGUGCAGCAGUUCAAAGACUACUUGGAAGCAUGCGAGACCUGUGGUGUUGGCGGGGAGUACUACCAGUUGGAGGACAUCAGUGACUUAUUCAACGGGCCAACAGACGACGAACGAUUGGCUGUGAAGGAGAACGUAGACAACGCAAGCGACUCGGUACGCAGGGAUGCGGGGUGGAUUAGGGUGAAGCUCUAUGACCACUUUGAGCUAUACAAGUCCCGCAAAGGACUGUGA